AUGGGUAAUUGUUGUGUGACCCCUCAAACGGGUUCACCGUUGAAAGACAAGAAGAACAGGAAGAACCCAUUUGCAAUAGACUACCCCGGGAACCAGGGCAAUGGAGGCAUCAAGCUCUCUGUGCUGAAAGACCCAACUGGCGUUGAAAUCGAGCAAAGAUACGAACUGGGUCGCGAGCUCGGCCGAGGAGAGUUCGGAAUUACAUAUCUUUGCACCGAUAGGGCCACCAACGAGAAAUUUGCUUGUAAAUCGAUUUCGAAGAAUAAGCUGAGGACAGCCGUGGAUAUCGAGGAUGUAAGGAGAGAAGUUGAGAUCAUGAAGCAUUUGCCUAAGCACCCCAACAUAGUGAGCUUGAAAGACACAUAUGAGGAUGACCAUGCUGUCCAUCUUGUCAUGGAGCUCUGUGAGGGUGGUGAGUUGUUCGAUCGAAUCGUUUCCAGAGGCCACUACACAGAGCGUGCGGCUGCCGCCGUCACGAAGACUAUUGUGGAAGUUGUUCAGAUGUGCCACAAGCAUGGUGUGAUGCAUCGGGAUCUCAAACCCGAAAACUUUUUAUUUGCAAACAAGAAGGAAACAGCUGCUUUAAAGGCAAUCGACUUCGGGUUGUCAGUGUUCUUUAAACCAGGUGAAAAAUUUAAUGAAAUUGUUGGAAGUCCAUAUUACAUGGCCCCUGAGGUGCUAAGGCGCAAUUAUGGUCCUGAAGUAGAUGUGUGGAGCGCUGGAGUUAUACUUUACAUCUUACUAUGUGGUGUUCCACCUUUUUGGGCAGAAACUGAACAGGGAGUUGCACAAGCAAUUAUACGGUCUGUUGUAGAUUUUAAGAGAGACCCCUGGCCUAAAGUUUCUGAUAAUGCAAAAGACCUUGUGAAGAAGAUGCUUAAUCCUGACCCAAAGCAGAGGCUUACAGCUCAGGAAGUUCUAGAUCAUCCUUGGUUACUAAAUGCAAAGAAAGCUCCAAAUGUUUCUUUAGGUGAAACUGUGCGGGCGAGGCUCAAGCAAUUCACUGUAAUGAACAAGCUCAAGAAGAGAGCACUGAAGGUUAUAGCUGAGCAUUUGUCAAUGGAGGAAGUUGCUGGCAUACAGGAGGGAUUUAAGCUCAUGGAUACUAGCAACAAGGGCAAGAUUAACAUUGAUGAGCUAAGAGUUGGGUUGCAUAAACUUGGCCAUCAGAUUCCUGAUGGAGAUCUUCAAAUUAUGAUGGAAGCUGGUGAUGUUGAUAAUGAUGGAUGUCUGGACUAUGGAGAAUUUGUAGCCAUUUCUGUUCACCUAAGAAAGAUGGGCAAUGACGAGGUGCACCUUCGCAAAGCAUUUCAAUUCUUUGAUCGAAACCAAAGUGAGUAUAUUGAGAUUGAGGAGCUGCGAGAAGCCUUGGCUACUGAAGUUGAUGACAACUUUGAAGAUGUUAUUAAUGCCAUUAUUCAUGACGUGGAUACAGACAAGGAUGGACGAAUAAGUUACGAGGAGUUUGCUGCAAUGAUGAAGGCCGGCACAGAUUGGAGGAAGGCUUCAAGGCAGUACUCACGAGAGCGGUUCAAUAGUCUAAGUUUGAACUUGAUCAAGGAUGGAUCAUUUGAUGAGAAAAAAGUGAUUAGAUGA